AUGGAUGCCCCGAACAGCACGCCGGACCAGGAAAAAGAAGGAGAACAGCAGCCCACUGAAUUGCCAAUCGUUAGUGAAAAAGUCUAUUCACAGGAAGCUUCCGAUCAUGCACCAAUGCUCUCUCUUUGGCAACAGGAAGGAGAAACAAGACAUAUCCUGGCGACUGAGCACUUUCAACCUAUUCUGAAGGUGCUAGCAGACCUAGAACGCGACGAUCCCAAGUUCGCCUUUCCCGCGGCUCGACUUGUCGGACGCUAUCGACGCCUAUGGGAGUCAUGCGUGUCCAAACACAUUGAUGGCCAGAAGCUAGAGCAGAGCAAUCAUAUCUUGAAGGAGGCCAGCAGACACCUGACUAAAGAGAGGGACGGACUUCAGCUGCGCCACGACAAGCAGCUGUCUAGGCUGCACUUUUUUGAGCAGGCACUGGAAUCAUCUCGGGGUCGACUGUCUCGCGUACUCGAUGACUGGAAUCAUCCUUCCAGACUCAAUCUGGCAGGGCUGCCAGACAUGGCAAGAGAAGGUUAA